GCAGUUGCUUAUGUAACAGAUAUUCUACCUAAUUUCUACGUUUUCAGAAUUGAAACUAAUGAACCUGCUAUAUGUGACAGAAAAAUAGGAUUUAAAACUUUCACUCUCAGAUGGACUGACAUGAACAAUUUACAUUUCAACCACUUCAGCAGCUCGCCUGCCGAGCUUUAAGGUUCCUUCAUUUCCAUCAUGUUGGCUCCUGUUCUCCUUCUCCUCCUACAUGCAUCAGGAGGUUCCUCUAUCUCCUGAUGAUCAGGGUUUUACCUCUACAAGCUCGCGCACCCCCAUAAUGAGCCUGUAGAGGAGGGACUGAAGUAUAUGUUCAUGGAUGGAGAGAGUGAGGGAUGGGUGGAUAGCCAGACUUUAGUUAAUGACCAUCAAAGUGCUGUUGGGAAACAGUAGGGCCUUUAUACAAGGUGAGCAGUUGAAAAUCAAUCAGCCUCACAUAUACGACUGCAGUGUCCCUGAUUCUCUGGUUGUUUCUGUGCCCGCUAUGAGACAACUCUGUAAACACAAACUGGGCAGAUGGGAAAACGUUUGCUCCUCUCCAGCCAAUCGCAGCAUUUCACUCCUCUCAUUGGCUGGAACAGAGUUCAUUAGCUUUGCAAAGGGUGCAGCUUUUGCCAAUGACUUGUAUCAUUCCUGGGUGGCACCCACACUGAAGUCCGACCUGCUGGUGCAGUUCUGGCAUCGCUCCACGGGCAUCCUGCCCUCGGACUGCUCUCCAAACUGGGAAGUCUUGAACAUAGAUCUCAUUUCCCCAGGCCAGCGUAUCACUUUUAAGACCACACAUGACCAUUCGAAGUGGGCCAUCAGUGCCGGCGACAGCCGCAAAGGAAGUAGGACAUCUGGCGGAUGGGUCUGUGUAGGAGAUAUCAACCGUGACGAGACGGAGGAGAAAAGAGGUGGAGGCACGGUGUGUCAUCAGGAUGCUGUGGUGUGGAAGGCCUAUCGCUCUGCUGCACUACAGUGUGAGACCUGCAGCGGAGCAGUGCAAACAUGCGAUAAAGCCAUUCAGUAUUGCUAAUGAACACAUAAAAACCAAAUUAAUACAGAAAGACCACAGGUGUUUGUGUCGAAUUGGUAUGAUUUUGAUUAGGUAAGGUUAAAGAGACAGUAAUUUUAAUGUAAAUGUAAAUUUUUUUUAAUAAUCAUUAUUUACUCACAAUUACUCACAAAAAAAGACUGACCGUAUGUUGUUCCAAACUUGCGUGACAUCUCCUUUUGUGUUUCAUGCAAGAUAGAAUGUCAUACAAUAUCAGGGUGAGUAAAUAAUGACAAUUACAUUUUUGGGGUGAACUGUCCCUUUAAAAGGCCUUUUUUAAUAUGUGUCUAUUUGAAGGGACCCGUUUUUCACAACAGUUUUAAUUAAAUUAUAUGAUGGUAAUUCAGAUAAUGCAAAUGCAAUACUGUUAAUGUAUGAUUAAAACUUUAAAUCAUCUCAUGUCUCUCAAAUCGAGCUGAACCUUUUGUAAAUUUGUAUUAUAAUAUGGUACAGUGUUGUGUAAUUGGGAAUUGUUAAUCUAUGAUUAGAUAAUUUAAAUACAGAAGAUAAAAGAAUAAACAUGUAGGGUAUUAAAGCUGUAAUUUUUUUCUUUGUAAACACUGAGAUAGGUGAAACAGUUUAUUUUAUGUCAGGCCUAGUUUGGCCUCUCAAACAAUUUCAGUUGGGAAUUAGGUUGAUGUGUCUAGUAGAGCAUCAUGUUUCUGUAUAAGAUUACAUUGAGAACAAAAUAAAAAGCACCUUGUGGUAAUUUCAGUGCCUUUGCUAUCCACAAAUUUUGAGAUGGUGAAAAAUAUGCUGAAAUAGCUCAGACUGACCACAGAACCCUUCCAAAAAUUACAAACUUAAACAUUAUACAUGGUUUGCACUGUAAGAUGAAAAGUUGAAGGCAUUAAUCAGUUCUUAAAGCUGUCAGUUGUAUCAAAAUUAAAGUUUAAUACAAGAAUAGGAGGUUUUGUAGUGCAUAAACGAGUCAGAAUACAGAUCUGACGGUACAGGACUAAAGCCGCAACAUGCUUUCUCUGCACAACACACCAGAAAAGCAUUCGCAAAAGAGCUCCUGAUAAUAAGGCACUUUUAAAACGAGUGACCACAAACAAAGGCUGAAAUGAAAUGGAGAACACCCCUCUUCCUUGCUGUGAGCACUUGUAUACCUCAGUCCUCAUAUAGACGUCAAGAGCGCACGAGUACGAGAGCGCAAGGUUCAUCAGGGUCGAAAAACAGUGUAACAUUUUGACCAUGCAAUUGCACAUUCCUUUUUCUGGUUGAUCAUAACAUCUUUGCAUUUAAAGGUACAAAAAUAAUAUCACAGGCACAGCUUUGUUGCAUUUUCAUUUUGUUUUUUAAAGUCAUUCAUUUUGGUUUAGGAAAACAGCCAGGCCUGGUGACCUGCAGUACAUCCAACACUCUGUUGGCUCUGUACAAAAACGUAGUGAGUUGCCUACAUAGGUAGCAUUUUAAGGCCUCAUAGGUGCACUUUUGAAACCACAUUUAUUCCAAAAGGUUGGCCCCAUUAUUAAAUUACCUUCUAUGGUACUUUCUUUCAGCUCAAUUCUAAAGCAUGUAAUCCUUGUUCAGUUCAGUUAAAAUAUCCAAGACUGGGUCCGACGUGAGAAAAAUAAUGAUACUUCUAAUUAACUUAAUAUGGCAAAGUAUAAUCUUGUUCAAUCAAAUUUCUUUUUUUUUUUAAAUAUAAUUUUAGCCAAUAUUUAUAUGAAAUAUGGAUUCUUUUUAAAUGCUUUAUUAAAGUAUUACGUUGUAAGCUUAGCAAUAAUGUCAAACUCUUAAAAUGGACCAUUUUACCCAAUAUUUAUAUGCGCCGUGUAUUUUUAUGCUUUAUUAAAAUAUCACAUCAUGAGCUUAGCAACAUGCUAACAUCAAAUUCUAUUAAAA